AGGAAUUUUUAUAUUCCAAACUAUCUUUCGGAGGAGACAUUGGCCUAGUUUACACCGUGCGACCUAAUCGCGACCUGACCUAUGCCCUGACCUAAAAUAGGCUUCUAAACAAAACGUUUACACCAUGUAGACCUAUGAUACUUUUGGGUCGAAUAUAGGUAAAAAUUUAGUCCUCAUCUAAAUGCCAUCUGUUGAAGAAGAUUGAAAGGUUUACGGACUUAUACAUAACCAAUAUCGUUUGUACACUUCGUACUUGCGCUAUAUAACCCAAAGGCAGGGUUGAAGGCGCUUUGCUCCUUUCCAAAGGAGCAGAAACCAAAAAAAAAAAAAAACACUUUGUACUUUGUAUCGUGUCGAUCGUGUCUAUUUGCUGUGUUUGUUGAAGAAAUAUAUUUGAUUCAUUUUCAUCACAAUGAAUGCAUUACAGUAUACGGAACUUUUUAAAAGUAUGAUACAAAUGAUGGUAAUCGAAAAUAAUAAACGACGAACUGCAAGGUUAUUGAAAAUUAUACAUAGAAGACAGCAAGUAUGGAAAAGAAUUCAUUUACAAAUUAAAAGAUCCCUGAAUCUGAUUAUGAAUGUACAACAUCAAAUGUUGCUACCACCUAUGAAUCUUGCGGAAUUCUGCUUUGUCUCGAAUAGACGUCUUUGGAUGAAACGUAGAAGUUAUCAUUUUUGGGAUGACAUCGUUUUGAAUACAUAUGAUGAUGCACAGUGGCUUGAAAGUUUUAGAAUGCGCAAGGAUACAUUUAAUAAAUUAUGUGAUAUUGUUAAAAGAGAAUUAGAACCAAAACCUAUUUUUUUAAAGUCCAGAGAACCACUCUCGGUGCAAAAACAAGUGGCUGUUGCUCUAUACAAAUUGGCAAGUUGUGCAGAGUAUCGAGUAGUCGGUAAUAUUUUUGGUAUCCACAAAUCUACGGUGAAGAAAUGUUUAUAUAAAGUUGUGAAUGCCAUCAAUAACGUGAUGAUGGCAGAUUACUUACAUAUGCCGAACGAAUUCGAAGCUGUUGAAAUAGCAAAUAAUUUUGAAAAGAGAUCUCACAUACCCCAAAUUAUUGGUUGCAUAGACGGAUCGCACAUACCGAUUCUGGCUCCUGCUGACGGCUAUAGAGAUUAUGUGAAUCGAAAGGGCUGGCCUUCAUACAAUCUCCAAGCAGUUGUUGAUGACAAAUGCAGAUUUAGAGAUAUUUGCAUCCGACAUCCAGGAAAUACUCACGACGCUGCGGUGUUCAAAGAUUCUAAUUUAUAUAAAAAUGUACAUACACUAAUUCCACAGUCAAGCAAAAAUAUUGAUGGUAUGGAAGUGCCAUAUUUGAUUAUUGGAGAUCCAGCGUAUCCGCUGUUACCAUGGCUAAUAAAAGGCUAUCCUGGUUCAGUGACUCCCGAACAAGAUUCUUUUAAUGUUCACUUAAAUUCAGCUAGAAUUGCUGUAGAAAUGGCUUUUGGCAGAUUGCGAGGACGCUGGAGAAUUCUUCUGAAGAGACUAGAUGUAUCACAUACAUUUGUUCCGAAUAUAACCAGCGCGUGCUGCAUUCUACAUAACUUUUUAGAAUACACAAAUGAACACUUUGUGCAGCAAUGGUUUGAACAUGUGGCUGAUGCAGAAAUACUGUUUCCACAACCAGGACAUGUAAUUAACCGGGAACGCAACAAUAUUUUGGGUUCAGACAUUCGUCAGCAUUUAACAACAUAUUUAUCGCAAAAUUUUCCUUUACGCCGAAGUAUGCUGAGAUAGCUAUUAAAUGUAAACUUAAACGACUAAUGAAAACUUAUAUCUUACAUUCCAAUUAAAUAAUUGCAUAUUGAGCAUGAUAUUCAUCACAUUUUUUUUG